AUGGCGUCACCAAGCCCAUCGUGGCCGAUCAAGAAGGUCGAGCUGGCACCACCCUCCCUAUCAGCGCUCGCACAAGGCAUCGUCUCUGGUCUCUGCUCCAACUUUUCCAUCUCGGACUGUUCAGUGGCAAUCCCUCCAGACCUGACAGCGGCGCCGUACCAUCUGGCGGGAUCGGGACUCAGUGGCUCGCCUCGCAUCGUCGAUGUGGGGGGCCCCCCGAACCUCUCUCCAACACCCAACAUGACCAAGAAGUACGACCUGACGGCCAUCGCAGGGCAGGUCGACAUGUCCCCGGCCACGGGCUUCAUGCUCGGCGCGGGCGCUGGUCCCUUCUACGUGCUGGGCCAAAACUCGGAGCUCAUGCCCAACUUUGCCUACGGAACCGCAGCGGGCGGGGGCGAGGAUGUGGUCCGCAACCGCACGCACUAUGCAAAGAUCACCCCGUCGGACACGGUGUGCUGUGCCCAGAUUCCCCAGGCCAGCACGGGCUUCGCGUUCAUGUGCAACCUGUUCUGCUCUGACGGCGUCCCCGGUCCGUGCCUGCACGUCACGGCGAGGUCUCGCACAGGCCCGCUCAACUUCACCGAGAGCAUCCAGCACGGACUGCAGGCCACGUUUGGGGACAAGCUGAUCUCGCUGGGCGGGGUGUUUCUGAUCAAGAAGGGCAAGGCCAGGCUGCACGUCAUGCCGGACUUUCCGACCCAGCCGUUCAACUCGAGGGCCGAUGUCGAGCGCUGGCUGCGGUAUUUUGACAUGUCCUUUGGCGCCGGGGGUGGAGCGGAUACAGGAGCCAAGGACAAACACGCGGAAGGAGGCGGUAGUGGUGGUGGCGAUGAUGGCGAUGGUGACGGGCCACUAGUAUGUCUGAGCGUGCUGCACUCGGGCGACGAUGCUGGACUGGGCUUGAGGAUGGAACACACGCACUGCUUCACCGUUCCUUCUUCCCCUUCGUCCGCCGACGCCGAUGCGAACCUCAACAAAGACCGAGAGACCACCAAGGGCGGCCACUACCACUACGACCUGGACGAGACCAUGGACGAGAUCGAGUACGAAGGCUGGUUCAACGUCGCCGAGACCCUGUAUCGCGUCGACCAGCCUGGUAUUUCCGCCGCUUGA